AAAACGCCCUCGACCACCACGCUAGUCCCAGGAAUCACGAAACCGCACGGUAUGGCUCCGUUGGACUUGCUCACUCGUUACCCAAUGAGAUCCUGGUUAAUGGAACGCUUUUCACCAAUCAGCAUCCAGGUUGAUCGAUAUAUCAGUCCAAUGUGGCUGCCCUUUUCCCUGAUUGGCUGCACAGUGUGCGCCAUUGUUUACGGUCUGUCACACUGGCGACCCGGAGGUCUACAAUCCCCUGGAAGGAUUGUUCCACACAACAAUCCGACCGCCGUGCGAUCAGUAUAUUUGACUGCCCUGGCAAGUCUCUAUCUCGUUCGUGCAUUCGUGGUAAUACUGAUUGAUCUGGACACAGCAUGGGAUACAGGUUUGCUAGCAUGGAAUCAACUUUCCUGCCCCCUUGUCCAUUCGUUGAGCACAGCAACCAAACUUUCAAUCACACUGAUCAUAUUAGCCCUGACCAUUGACGUGUUAGUAACACUUUAUGAAAAAAGUUUGACCUCAGCGCUGGCGUUCCUUCGCUUCCUGUUCACUCGCGGACAAAGUCGCAAGGCCGUCCACAUCACAGUCGGACUAAUUGCAACUUGUGGUCUACUUGGACUAAUUGAAACAGCUUACUGGCGAGUACAAUACUACUUACCCAGUUUCGUACCGGGCAUCUCGACCGGCUUGAACGCACCAACACUACCUUGGGCUCGUUGUGAGGUAACGGGGCAGUUUCAAUAUCUUUUCAGUGCCAAGUUGCACAAACUUACUGUUUUCGGACAGUUGGAUGCGGCUGGACAGCACGAAACAAGCACUCGCCUGGCUGCAAGCUACGCCGAUUACAAAUGGAUCAGUGGAAUCACAGUGGAGUGUACCCUGGCCUUGACGGCUAUUGUACUUUCCCUGGCAAUUGCUCGUGCCCAGCUGAUGGAUGACAUUCUGCUCAUGAAACGACCCUCAAGCAGCCUGACACAAUCAAUACAGUUGGCCGACACGUAUGAGGUGAAACAUGUGGCCGUGCUCGGGAUUGUCCAUGGACUGUGUCGGCUACCAGAAGCAUUGUUUCUGAUGCUGGAGCCAUUGACAAGACCUGGGGAGGUUAAUCUGACUGAUUCUGAGUUGGAACUGGACGGAACGUGGCAACGGUACUUUAUGAUGCUUACAGCGCGCAACGUUGUCCAGGAGCUUUCAGAUAUACCGGCUGCGCUGAUGCUCCCGAUUUGUCUGGGUCUGAGCAAACAUUUUCGGCGAAACUUUUGCGAACUGUUUGGCUGCCGUUAUCGUCCAAAGCGUCGACGAGAACUUCAUUUGAUGGAUUCUCCCGGUCGUGAUCAAGAAAACAGAGAAGAAUACCGUGAAGCCGAACACGUUCCAUACUCGUCAUGUGACCUAAGUGAACAUGGGUCGAUUCUGUCUCCAGACGCUUCACAACGCUACAUUCCACUCGAAGCUAUGAAACGACACGCCUCAACAAGCGCGAUGGAGCCUAGCACUCCGUCACCCUACAACGAUGGUAGACCACGAUGGAAGUGGGGGCAAGGAUGGACGUUACAAAAUCAGCCAUUUUUAGAUCCACGUGAUUCUUCGAUUGGAAAGCCAACAACCUAUCGCCAGACAGACACGCGAUCAAUAAGGCCAAGUCCUUAUUGCGGAGAACAUCCGGCUUGGCAGUCGACCAGGUUUAUAAAUGACACCUAUGCACAUUCCUGCGUUCUUCAACAAACGCCACCGUAUCAAAGAAAAGCGUCGUCGGCACAUGAUUUGAUGGGCAGUAGUUUUCAUGAAAGCUUAGUGGAUGAUCAACAGGAUGGAGAAUGUGAGAGCCAUGAAGUGGACUGGUAUGAACCUCGUUCCUAUGUUUAGUAAUUGUUGCCCGUUUGCGGCACAGCAAUGCGACCAAUCAGGACUUUGAUUUGAAAUACACUGUCAGGCCAGUUUUUCAGUCGCCCGAUCUCUUACACCCAAAUACUCCUAAACUCGAAGCAACA